AUGCGCCGAGUCGUGGUGACGGGCCUGGGCGCCAUCACGCCGCUGGGCGUCGGCAUCCGGCGCACCUGGUCUCGCCUCCUGGCCGGCGACUGUGGCAUCACCAGCGUCGCCUCUCGGGAGCCCCGGGAACGCUGGCGGGAGCUGACGAGCACCGUCGCUGGCAUCGUGCCCCGUGGCGAUGCCGAGGGCCAGUGGCGCGCCGCAGACUGGCUCUCUGCGCCCGAGCAGCGCCGCAUGUCCGCCUUUGCCCAAUAUGCCGUCGCCGCCAGCGACAUGGCCCUCAAGGAUGCCGGCUGGGAGCCGACCAGCGCAGAGGACCGCGAAGCAACUGGUGUCUGUCUGGGCAGCGGCAUCGGGAACCUCGACGACAUUUACGAGACCAGCCUGGCCCACCACGACGAGGGCUACAAAAAAGUCUCGCCCCUGUUCGUGCCCAAGAUAUUAAUCAACAUGGCAGCCGGACACGUCGCCAUCAGGUACGGCUUCCAGGGGCCCAACCACGCAGCCACGACUGCUUGCACAACGGGCGCACACUCCAUCGGCGACGCAUCGCGCUUCAUCGCCCACGGCGACGCAGACGUCAUGGUCGCAGGCGGCUCCGAGUCGUGCAUCCACCCGCUCACCUUUGCCGGCUUCGGGCGCGCGCGCUCGCUCUCGACGGCCUACAACGACGACCCGCGCCGCAGCUGCCGACCCUUUGACGCCGGCCGCGACGGCUUCGUCGUCUCUGAGGGCGCCGCCGUGUGCGUGCUCGAGGAGCGCGAGCACGCGCGGGCGAGGGGCGCGCACAUCUACGCCGAGGUGCGCGGCUACGGCUGCAGCGGAGACGCCCACCACAUGACGGCGCCGCGCGGGGAUGGCAACGGGGCUUACCUGGCCAUGGCGAGGGCGCUGCGCAACGGGCGGGUGAGGCCGGCUGAGGUGGACUACAUCAACGCGCACGCUACGGGCACGCGCGUCGGGGACGCGGCCGAGGCGGCUGCCAUAGGACGGCUCAUGCUCGGCGACGAGGGCGUAUCGUGCGAGUCGCAGGUGACGGUGAGCAGCACAAAGGCGGCCAUUGGGCAUCUGCUGGGAGCAGCCGGGGCCAUUGAAGCGCUCUUUGCCAUUCUGACCAUACACGAGGGAGUCGUGCCCGCGACGCUAAACCUAACAAAGCCAGACGUCGGGACGAGCUUCAAUCUCGUGCCGCUCGUGCCGCAACAAAAGCAGGUCAAGGUGGCCGUGUCCAACAGCUUUGGGUUUGGGGGGACCAACAGCAGUCUGGUCUUUUCAAGCGCCCAGUGA